GACGCGGGAGCCAUGGCCGCCGGCGACAACUCCGCCGUGAUACGCACCCGGCGCAAGGAGCUGAUCGGAAUCAUCCAGAGAGACCCCGAGAGCGUCUUGGACGAGCUGCUGGCCCAGUCGGCCAUCUCCGAAGAGGAGUACGACAGCAUGAACCAGAUGGAAGACACGGUGGCCAGAAUUAGGAAGUUGCUGAUUUACAUACAGAGAAGGGGGGAGCCGGCCUGCCGCAUCUUCCUGGAGUGCUUAGAAAGCUUAUUCCCAGGCACAAACCAGCCGUGGCGGCCUUCUGAAUAUGAUUUUUUCAAUCCAGAGCGAGAUUCACGGCCUGUGCGAAACCCAGAGCCAAGGGAGAGGGAUUUUUUCAAUCCAGAGCACCAUCCAAAGGUGGAGGAAGGAGAUGGUCUCGCUCCAGAGCAGGAAUCAGAGACCCUGCGAGACCCGGAGCCAGAGGAGAAAGAGGAUUUCGAUCCAGAGCUGGAGGAGGGAGAUGGUUCAUCUACCUACCUACCAACCAGCUGUUUUUCUCCCGGGGAUAUCUGCUAUGGCUCCUCUCUUGCCCAACCAAGGCGAAUCUUUCCCCUCUGGUACCUCAUUCUUGUUGAGGCUGCUUCUUUACAUUUCACGGCUAUUUCCUUGAUGCGGCCAGUUGCAUUUUCUUCAUGGGAUGCCACCCAUUGUCAUGUGGCCCAAAUACCCAUUUUACUAGCCCCGUCUGAAGCUCCUCACCCUCCGAACCAACCAAAAGUAAUUGGGUGCUUCUGGCCAAUUUCCCCAUCUCCCUCUUCAUCCCGUUAUUCUGAGCCGGAAACUCACUCCAGGUCUGGUGUGGAUCCCAUCCCUCGCACACACGGUGAUGGACGUGGGAUGUGUUUUCCGAUGGAGGGCAGCGGGAGGGGGGAGGAGUUGUCCCACAACUGCUCAAUGCCCAGGGAUGGUGAAAAAGGCCGACAAUGAUGGGAACUAUUAGGAAAGCCAUAGAAAAGUAUCACUGAGCCAUUACACAAAUGCAUGGGUUCCGAACAGGGAAAGCGACGUGAUCCAGGGUACAGAAGAGCUUCCACAUGAGGAGAGGGUAAAAAAGGGGAACGCCAUGUAGCUUACAACAGAGAGGACUAAAGGGGAACAUGAUGGAGUCUUUCAAAUAAGGAACAGUGUAAGAAAAGCGAACAGGGAAGUGUUAAGUUACCCUUUCCUGCAAUACAAAAAACAGGGCUCACCUGAGAAAAUUAACAGGCAGCAGGUUCAAUAUGAAGGGCAAGUACUUAAUAGACAAUUAAGCAGUGGAACUCACUGCUGCAGGAUGUUGUGAUGGCCAAAAGCAUAACAAAAAAACCUGGGUAAAUUCAUGGAGGAUUCAAUGACUGUUACCCAAGAUGGUCAGGGACACAACCCCAUGCUUGCCGUGACCCUCAACCCGUGACUGCAAGAAGCUCAGAAUGGAAGAGAGAUAGAUCACUCCAUAACUGCCUUGUUCUGUGCUGUCCACAAAAGCGUUACUGGCCACAAGUCGGAGACAAGAUACUGGGAUACAUUUGUCUGACCCAGCAUGGCACCUCUUAUCUUUCUGAGAUAACCUUCCUUUUCUGAUGGUUACAAACCUUCUUCUGAUCUUCUGCCUCAAUUACUCCCUGGCCAAUUAAUUCCCAUGUGUUCUUGGGCCAACAUUGUCCUUUAGCUUCAGUAGCUGUUCUCCUUCCCUGGUAUUUAGCCCCCGAAGGAUGGGAUUUCCAAGUUGCUAUGUUGGAGAGGACAUUUUCAACACAUUUUUCCACCAUCAAAAGAGCUGUGGUAGAAAACCAACAAGGCUGAAUGGAUCAAGCUGUGAAACAAUGACCCGAUCAUCAGAGGUCCACUAUCUUAGGUACAUGGAGAAAACAAUUCAGAUUAAGAUAGGGUACGAUUUUAAAAGCAGAAUAGCUAUUCCUUAUUAGCCUCAUGUGUAGACACACUUAUUCUGGAAUAAGGUACCCAUAUUCCAGAAUCAAUGUGCUCCCAUAGGGAGAGAAUCCGGAAUAGCUCAUCAGGAAUAACUCCAUGUGUGGACAAGUCAUACAUCCACAUGGGGAGUGAUGGAGGAAUAGCUACUGAGGGACAGACAAGCACGGAGAUGCUUCCCUUAUCGGGAGUCGGCUUCUGGGCCUGCUAAAACGAUGUCAACGGAUCUGCUCCUGUAACCGAAACGUGAGGGUUAUCUAGCUUGGCUUGUAGUAAGGCAGAAGAUGGCUUGCCAAGAUUACAUUUUUAUUGGUAGCUGUGGAUAAACGUGGCUUUCACCAUACACACAUGAACUGAUGCAAAAAUAUUUCCAUCGACAAUUAUCCAAAUUUACAGUGAGCCAAGCUAAGAAAAACGCUGCCUGAGAAUGUAAGAGAAUUUGAUUUAAAGCUAUCGACGGUGCACUCUUUGACUUAAGCAGUGUUGCUGUAGCCGUAUCUCUCCCAGGAUCUUAGCGAGACCAGGGGAGCGAAGUAGGCUCUCUUAUUGAACCAAUUUCUGUUGGGUGAAGAGAAAAGUUUUCGAGCUACAUAAAACUUCUUCAUGUUUUGGAAAAACCAAUAGGAGAAUCACAGGUAAAUACAAAAUGGAACAGAUAAU